AUGACCAAUGUCAGUUCACGUCAACCUUUAAAAUAUAGAAAAUGUAAGAAAAGCUGUAAGACAAAGAUAUACAAAUUUAAAUUUGCAUGGCAAAAGGUCAUAAAAGAGAUAGAUUGCCUAAUUAGGCAGUUUAAAGCAUCAAGUGACAAGUGUGGCUGUGGAUGUUUCAAAAGUAUCAAAAAUGUACAGAGCUCACUCCUUAUGAAUUAUUUUUCAUGCAAACGUAGGUGGAUAAACAUUCUCAAAGUUUCUAAGGUAAGGAUUGCGGAGUUGAAUGAAGUAGCCGAGAUUGUGAGAGCCAAUGGUUGCACAGUUCACACAUUUAAGUUGCUUGAUCUGAAUUUUGUCAGAACUGACUUAGAUAGACAACAAUGGAUACAGGAUAAUGAAAUGGCUCAGUUGGCAGAAAAUGCCAUUGUGACAUUUUGCAUUACAAACAAUGUAGGUUAUUGGCAAGGCAUUCACGAUAUCGCGGCUGCUCUUGUGCAUCUCUGUCCUAGGCCUAAUAUCGGUGAACUCGCUGCAAUUUUGGAGCAACUUACAAGGAGGCAUUCCCCAGUUCUAUUUUCGGGAUCACAUGAAGAGGUUAUGUAUCAAGCUAAAAUAUUAUCCCAAAAAUGGAAAGUUCUUUUUAAAUACUUUUUCCCUGGAGGAUUUAAUGAACUAGAGAAGAUAUCUGAUUUUAAUUCAUUGGGAAUGGGAUUAUUUUUAACUCUUGGGUUUUAUAGGUUUGGAUGUGCGUAUAUUGCAUUGUCAUACAUAUAUGUUAUGAUGUUGAAUAAAAAUUCAAAUGUAUCUGACUUGAUGUUUCACGAAUUAGGGUAUCUUGCAACCAGAGGAUAUAUGAACUACCUCUCAAAACAUAAUGAAAAUAUUAAGUUAGUAAUGGAUGGAAAUAUUCUUCCAAAAUCAAUUUCACAUUCGAAUAUAAUGGCUAUAUUAAAAAAUUCUGUAAUGAUUGAUAUAGAAGCGGAAGAGGUUAUUAAUUCAUCAAAGAAUCUUUACGAUGUAAUGGGUAACGUUGACUGUGAGCUGUAUAAAUUUCCACUCGUUUAUAUAACAUUGUGUUCAAAUUCAAUGUAUAGAGUUGCACCUUCUAUCUCAAAUUUGCAGCACGAUUGUAAUUAUAUGCAAAUAUCGAUUAGGGACAUUUUAAAAGAGAAACCUAUCAUAAGUUCUCUGGAAUGCUCCUUUAAAACCGAUAUACCAAAGUCUGGUUCAUCUUCAUUUUGUUGCGUGAGAAAAGGUACUAAAAGAUACAAUUCAUUUAAUUAUGGAGUAACAAGUAAUUACAGUAUGGGUAUUUCUUCAAAGAUUGUUUUCAAUUAUAUAAACUCUAUUAGAAAAAACACAUAUAGAAUUCACAAGAGAACUGAUGAUAAUCUAAAUUACAUGAUAGGGUCUUUGGCAAAUAAUGCGAAUUAUAAUCUUAUAGACAUGCGAAGUCCGUAUAUGACAGGCGGAGAAUCGUUGGAAAAGUUACUUGGUGAUAGAAAUAUAACUUUCAUAAAGGAAAAUGAACUUAAUAGCGCAAUAAUCGCUAGUCAUGUUAAACAAUUCACUAUAUGGAUAGUUUUAACUGAUGAAGGAAUUACAGGUUCUGAUAAUCAUUUUGCACUGGAAUCAUUAAACAAAGGAUUUCAUGUAAUGAAAUUAUUAUGUGACAAUUCCAUUACAGGUGUGGCAUUAUUGACUAAUGGAUACAAAGAGUUGUUGUUGACUGCAAACUGUCAAAUACCACAGGGUCCCAAUUCUAAUAUCACUGGAUACCUUAGAAGAUUCAUUUUUUGGAACUCAGAAGAAAUCACUGUUGAGAAACCCCAAACAACGUUUUCUAGAGUUGCUGAUGUUGUAGGAAAUAUAACUCUAGAUAUAGAGAAGCAACUUGUGCAGAAAUUUUCUGAAAUUAAUUUAUUUACAAGACAGAAACAUGUUCAAGGUGUAUCUGAAAUUGUUGAUAUGACAUAUGUGGACACUUUAUCAGAUAUGGUUUUGUCCAUAAAACCAACAAAGCCAAGAAAUAGAACGUUUGUAUUAUACGUAAAGCUAGAUGGUUUCAAAAAAAUCGCACUUUUUUCCAAUGGUAGCAUACAACUUGAUGGAAUUAUACUACAUCCAUAUCACUAUUCGAAAAUAAGGAGUGUAAGUGAAACUCUCAUGAUUUCUACCGCUAAAUUGCUUGCUGUGAAUUAUAUAGAUGGAAUCUGGGAAGCCCUACCAAUAAGUUCAAGUGUUAUAGGGAACGAACCUAUACCACUGGAUGAUGCUUUACUGUCAAAUGUUGACCGUAUAUUUGACAAAUUUGUAGUCUCUUUGGAAGUAGAUGACAUUGAAAUUAGUAUCAGAUCCCACAAAUUAAAUAUUGCAACAAAAGUAUAUGGUUUAUCGAAUUCCGAAAAACGGAAUAGUCUUGUAAAACAUUGGUACGUGAUUCUUAUUGACAAGAAAGAGAUCACAACCAAAUUGUUGUAUAAUGAGCGCAUAUUUUGGAGAAAAGUAUUUAGACGCUGGAAAUACGACAAAAACUCAGAAAAAUUGCAUAAAUAUACUGUAAAUGACACAUAUAGUUCACCAGAAACUUUUAAAAUAAACUAUGGUGUUGUGCUAACAAAUAGUAUGGUUACAUCUAGGGUAUCUUCUGUCCCACUACCACAAGAAGUUAGAGGUGUAAAGGUCUUCUCGAGAAGGCAGGAUGUUGAAGUAUAUAAAAGAACAGAGUCAUUGGUACAACCAAAAAGACAAUUUUACGGAUAUAAAAUACCAGAAAAAGAAGGAACAAACCUUCGACUAACUCACUCUAAUUCAAUAAGUUCAUUAUUAUCAAGAGGCAAGAUGAAGAAUGAAAAUGCAGUCCAGAAAAUUCAGAGAAACGUCUUUGUUACUAGAAGUAGCCUUGUAAGGAGGCAAAAAUAA